AUGGGAAAAACAUUAUCACUUGACAAGCUAGAUCUCGGUACGUACACGGGAAACCGUUUUGUAGUCUUAUAUGAACGCAGUGUAAACUAACUUUUCAUAUUAUUUUCAUACCAAGGCGAGAUCUCGCUUGUAAACUUUUCGAAAAGUCUUUUCACUAACCAGGAUAACUUUUGCCCAUAUGAACUGGCCCUUAAAGUACGUUCCUAGUAUUGAAUUGGUUUUUCCCUCGAUUUUCGGCUCAUAUAAUAUUCUUCUUCGUUCCAAUAAAUAUAAGUAUAUAAUUCUAUUUCUGGCCGGCAUAUUUAUUCUUUAAAAUAUACCGUCGUAAACGGAAAAUAGAGCCGGGUGCCGUUUUCCGAUGGGCACGCACUGAAUAUCAAUUGAAUUGAAAAGAUGCUGAUACGACAGAAAGUUAUCCCGCUAAGCGGUAAAGUUGUGUUCAUGCAUAUGGGAAAAACAUCCCGGUCACCGAGAUCUGGCUUGUCAACAAGCGAGAUCUCGGUACACGGGAAAACUUUUUGUCUCAUAUGAACGCAGUGUAACUUUUCAUAUUAUUUUCAUACCAAGGCAAGAUCUCGUUUGUAAACUUGUCGAAAAGUUUUCUCGCUAACCGGGAUAACUUUUGCCCAUAUGAGCUGGCUACUUUUCUAGUAUUGAAUUGUUUUUCCCCUCGAUUUUCGGCUCAUAUAAUACUCUUCUUCGUUCCAAUAAAUAUAAAUAUAUAAUUCUAUUUCUGUCCGACGUAUUUAUUCUUUAAAAUAUACCGUCGUAAACGGAAAGUAGAGGUGCCGUUUUCCGAUGGGCACGGUGCCUAUCAUAAAAGUGUGUUUACAAAAUGUUGUCGUGUAAACGAGUAAAUAGCGAAGUGGCGGUUUUGGCACGGUGCCCAUUUUCAGGGGUGCCGUGCCCAAAACGCUUGUCGUGUAAACCGGCCUUGUGUUAGCGCAUCGCAUGCUCAGAGCUAAACCAUGUGCAUUCGUGGAUAACGUUUGUAUUUGUGAGUAAUACUUGUAUGUUUAUUGGGAAUUACGAAAACAUCUCCUGAGGAUCACGGCACGCUUUUAGCCUUUCACGCUUUGCGUCUGAGGUUCACGACUUGUAUUCUUGUCUAUUGCACCGUAGCUCGUAUGUCGUCAUUUUCAGGUCAGUGUGAACGCCUGAGCAGGCGUCUUGUUACUAUUAGUUACGUACCACAAGAUGUGGCACUCAUCAGAUAUAUUAGCCUUAUGACUACAGCAAAAAACCUACAGUUAGAUGUCUUUAUUACAAAUGUCCCAAACUAUUGGAAAUCUGUUAAAGUUGUAAAAAGCUUGGUGAGAUCCGACCAUGAUAUGGUUAUCACAUACCCCCGAAACAGAGUUAAAGCAACAAGGACAAAUUCCUAUUUCAGAGAUGUGAGACAACAUCAUCAAUUGAAUAUGCUUCGUGAAUUUGAAUCUAUUGAUUGGAACACGAUAAUUAUGAAUAGCCAUAACCUAGAUGAGAUAACCCUAAAAUUUUAUGAAAUAAUAUGGCCAAAAUUCGAUAAGAGCUUCCCACUAAUUAAGGUCAGAACGUCAUCACGCGACCCUCCGUUCAUGUCUCCUCUUGUGAACCACCUUCUGAAUCAAAGGAAAAGAGCCAUACAAAACGGAAAUACUGAAGCAAAUACACGAUUGCAAGAAAAAAUCAACAAGUUAAUUCGGGAAAAUCAAUUAAGUGCAGUCAAACAGGAGUUUGGCAACCAGAAAACUGGAUCGAAAAGUUGGUGGUCUAACGUAAAUAGCAUUACAUCGAGAAAAAAGAAACAUGAUGUAUCUGUAAGUGCUUCUCUUAACCCUAGUGAAAUUAACAAAUAUUUUCAAAGUGUGAAUACAGACCCAAAUUAUACGACUCCCGAGCCUCUUCAAAUCUCCGAAGGAACAAGAAUUCCCUCGUUGUCAAUUCAUAAAGUUCAACAUCUUUUACGCAAUCAAAAACGCUCUUCAUCGGGUCCGGACAAUCUGCCAUAUUGGUUUUGGAAAUCGUUUGCUAUUGAAUUAGCUCCUAUUGUCACAGAAAUUUUUAACAUGUCACUAAAAACCAGCAAAGUACCUCAGAAAUGGAAAUCCGCUAAUUUAUUACCACUCCCUAAAGAAUCACCAUUAAAUUCGUGCAACCAGUUAAGACCAAUCUCUCUGACGGACAUCAUCAUGAGACUAUUCGAGAAGUGCGUGUAUAAAUCUGAAAUCGAACCUAUCACAAGAAAUAACAUUGGUCCUGACCAAUUUGCUUAUAAAAAGGGUCACAACUCGACUAUGGCUCUGAUUAAAUCCCAACAUCAAUGGCUAGAGUGGCUGGAUAAAAACGCUAAUUAUGUUAGAGUGCUGUCGUUCGAUUUCAGCAAAGCAUUUGACAGUGUGCCCCACGAUCUUUUGUUUGAAAAAGUUAAAAAGCUACCCAUUAAUCCGUAUGUGGUGAACUGGUUAAUCAGCUUUCUAGAAAAUAGAAUACAAAGAGUAAUGGUUGAUGGAAUGGUUACAGAAUAUUUAUAUAUUAAUCGUGGUGUCCCUCAAGGUACUGUUUUAGGCCCAGUUCUUUUCUCAAUAAUGGUUGAUGAUAUUAAAACUGCUGAUCCUAGUAAUGCGUUAGUCAAAUUUGCUGACGAUUUGACGUUAGGAGUGCCGGCAACGAAAGUGGUGACACAUCUCGAUCUGAAGCUGCCUGUUUACAGGAUUGGGCGGAAGAGAAUAGAAUGCCCUUAA